UAUUCAUAUUUAAUGAGGUUCUUUAUCAAAUAUUACAUUAGAGGUUUAAGACUUUAUCUAGAACUUUGGCUGCAAUGUCAACUUGAUGUCAGCUACUGCUCAAAACGUGAGAGGUCUGCUGACCCGUACAGGACCACGGGGGAAUCAUCACGUUUGUGAUGUCCUGACUUGAGGUUGGCUGUAAGCUGCUCGAAUUUUUUUGCCAUGCUACAAAGACUGCUGCUCUUAGGAUUAGCUCUGAAUUUUUUUUUUUUCCUUAGCUGGAAGACGUCAGGUCUUGAGUAUGCCAGCCGUUGUCAUGCCUGACUCAUUUGACAGUGGCCUUGCAUGCUCUGGCCUAGGUGGGAUGGUGGAAGUGUGAUUCUGCCAAAUGUAACGUUAGUUUCUGUGCUCUGCAGAUUGGCCCAGGACUGCAUUUGUGUGGAUGUCUUGCUAGAAGGAACCUUAUUUCUCUUCUCUGUGUCCCUCAAAGUAAGACAUGGCCUGCUUUUCCAGGGUUAAUAUCUCUCCCUGUACUUUGGGUCCUGAUACCCCUUCCUCCUUCCUAGACCUCCUUAUUCCAUAUCCGCUUCCACAGUGGAUUGUAAACCGUCGUUUUCCUUGACUGCUCUUUAGUGAGCCCUUUGACCCCUUUAUUUAAACUCGGCUCGUUUGGUUCCUGUGCCACCAGAGUCUCAGACUCUGGCCUUCCUCAUGGUUGUGCUCUUGAACCUCUCCCGUCCAUAGACACUUCCCCUCUCUGUGGCGACAACAGUCAUCUCUCUGUGGGCAACUCUUAAAUCCACUCAUUUAUCUAACAUGUGAAUUUGGUGCUGCCCGUGUGUGGGGAACUUAUAGACACUGGCGAUACAGCAGUUAACAAGGCAUUCUCCACCUUUAGGGGGCUUUUGUUUGUAACAAGUUAGCCCAAACAAACUGGAGUUUCUGGUAUGAGAAGUGCUAGGACUGAAGGAAGCAGGGGAGGGAAGAAUGACGGGUGGAGCAGCGGCUGCUGGGCAUGCUAGUCAGGGAGGCCUCUGAGCAGGGGACAGGCACAUGCAGCUGUGUUGGGGGGUGGAGUGAGCCAGGCGAAGGUGUGCAGGGCACCUUGGACCUUGCUCCUUAGCUGUGCCUUCUUGGACACUGCAGUGGGAAUCUCCAUCGAGCUCCCGGCUUUCCAGCUCUUAGAUUCUGUGUUUCUCCUGGGCCACCGCCCACCCCCCUCCCAGAACACACUCAUAGACACAUGGCCCUCCAUACCCUGCCAGUGUCCCUCCAGCAUCUCACUGUGCCCCCCACACCUAACUCACCAUUGGUGCAGCUGACUCUGCCUCUGCCAUUCCCAGCGUAACCACUGCAGCUCAGGCCCCUACCUCAACAGGACAGGUGCCAUAGCAGCCCGCAUCAGCUGAGAAGGCCUCUGGCCAGUCUCCACAGCACCAUGAAUGCCAUCGUUGCUCUCUGUCACUUCUGCGAGCUCCACGGCCCCCGAACUCUCUUCUGCACAGAAGUUCUGCAUGCCCCUCUUCCCCAAGGGGCUGGGAAUGGAGACAGCCCUGGCCAGGGUGAGCAGGCCGAAGAGGAGGAGGGCGGCAUCCAGAUGAGCAGUCGGAUCCGUGCGCACAGCCCUGCAGAAGGGGCCAGUGCCGAGUCCAGCAGCCCGGGGCCCAAAAAGUCGGACAUGUGCGAGGGUUGCCAGUCACUUGCUGUAGGACAUCCAGGCUAUAUCAGCCAUGACAAAGAGACCUCAAUUAAAUACGUCAGUCACCAGCACCCUAACCACCCCCAGCUGUUCAGCAUCGUCCGCCAGGCCUGCGUCCGGAGCCUGAGCUGCGAGGUCUGCCCUGGCCGGGAAGGCCCCAUCUUCUUCGGGGAUGAGCAGCAUGGUUUUGUGUUCAGCCACACAUUCUUCAUCAAGGAUAGCCUGGCCAGGGGCUUCCAGCGCUGGUACAGCAUCAUCACCAUCAUGAUGGACCGGAUCUACCUCAUCAACUCCUGGCCCUUCCUGCUGGGGAAGGUCCGGGGAAUCAUCGACGAGCUCCAGGGCAAGGCUCUCAAGGUGUUUGAGUCAGAGCAGUAUGGAUGCCCGCAGCGUGCCCAGAGGAUGAACACGGCCUUUACCCCGUUCCUGCACCAAAGGAAUGGCAACGCUGCCCGCUCACUGACGUCCCUGACAAGCGAUGACAACUUGUGGGCAUGCCUGCACACCUCCUUUGCUUGGCUCCUGAAAGCGUGUGGCAGCCGACUGACCGAGAAGCUCCUGGAGGGCGCACCCACCGAGGACACCCUGGUGCAGAUGGAAAAGCUGGCCGACUUAGAAGAGGAAUCAGAAAGCUGGGACAACUCUGAGGCCGAGGAGGAAGAGAAAGCCGCUGUGCUGCCGGAGGGCACAGAAGGGCGGGAGCUGACCAAGUGCCCUACAGAUUCAUCCUUACUCUCAGAUUGUGGAAACUGGCAGCCCCGAAAGCUGUCGGUCUUCAAGUCCCUUCGGCACAUGAGACAGGUUCUGGGUGCCCCAUCUUUUCGCAUGUUGGCCUGGCAUGUUCUCAUGGGGAACCAGGUGAUCUGGAAGAGCAGAGAUGUGGACCUUGUACAGUCAGCCUUUGAAGUUCUUCGGACCAUGCUGCCUGUGGGCUGUGCCCGUGUCAUCCCAUACAGCAGCCAGUAUGAGGAGGCCUAUCGCUGCAACUUCCUGGGGCUCAGCCCGCACGUGCAGAUCCCCCACCACGUGCUGUGCUCAGAAUUCGCUGUCAUCGUGGAGGUCCACGCAGCCACUCGCUCCGCACUCCACUCAGUCAGGUGUGAGGACGACCAGUCUCUCAGCAAGUAUGAGUUUGUGGUGACCAGCGGGAGCCCUGUGGCUGCAGACCGAGUUGGCCCCACCAUCCUGAAUAAGAUCGAGGCGGCGCUGACCAACCAGAAUCUGUCCGUGGAUGUGGUGGACCAGUGCCUGGUGUGCCUCAAGGAGGAGUGGAUGAACAAAGUGAAGGUCCUUUUCAAGUUCACCAAGGUGGACAGUCGGCCCAAGGAGGACACACAGAAGCUCCUGAGCAUCCUGGGCGCGUCCGAGGAGGACAACGUGAAGCUGCUCAAGUUCUGGAUGACCGGCCUGAGCAAGACCUACAAGUCGCACCUCAUGUCCACGGUGCGCAGCCCCACGGCCUCGGAGGCUCGGAACUGAUCCACCAGGGCAGUCUGUCUGCAGAGCACCUCUGGAGAAUGGUGGUGGCAGCUCCACGAGAGGAAGGACUGACCUGCCGUGCGGACCUUGUCCACCACGUGUGGCCAUCACAGCCGGCAGCUCCCCUCCCAUGCAGUCAUCCGCGCCUGCGCACCCCGCCUGGGGCAGUGGGGCCAGGCCCCUCCAGGAUCCAGAUCCCAACCUCAGGAGAACCAUGCGGGCCAGCUGCGUGUGGGGACUCUAGCGGCGGCAUCCGGGCAUGUUCCCCUGUGGUUGCAUGUAAGUUAACCUGUAGCUUAACGAUGGAGCCCCUGGUUUGUUUUACACAAAGGUGAUGCUUGCUAAAGUGUCACAUGGAGCCAUCUUAGGUGCUCAACCCUCUGUAAAUGGUGGCGCCCACCUAGUUUUAUUCUGUAUCACUUUGGCCUUUGUUGUCGUUUCCAGCAUUUACAUUUGCUGCACUUAACAGUUUUCUGAGUGUGGUGAUUUAAGAUAGUUUCAUCAUCCCACCAGACAUUUUUAACACAGCUUCAUGGCUUGGAGGAAUUUUCUGGCUGUUUUGCUAAUUUCUUUAUAGUUUUUCUUGUUUAAUUUAUAUUUAACAUGACAACUAAGUUUAUAUAACUAAGUAUCUGUAUAAUGCAAGAACUUUGAGACACAAUAAAGAUGUAUUUUUGUAAACUA